UCAGAGCCCAUCCAGAUCUCGCUUGAGCCCAGAUGAUGAACUGGGUCGGGCUCCCAACGAGCUCACCACCCACCAACCCACCCAUCCAGGUCCAACCCUAGCCCUACCCGAAUCCCCAUCUCCUCCCCUGCUCGUCGUCCCUGCCGGAUCGUGCGCCUCGAUCUGCCAAUCCACUCCAAUUUCGACGACUCCGGCUGCCAUUUCGCGGGGAACUUUUCGACCUUCCCGCAGGAGCAGUGAAAUGGAUCACCUGGAUGAGCAUGACAGUGAUGAAAUGAAAGUAGGGGCAACCUCUGAUGGCACUGGCACCAAAUUGAGAAAGAAGAGGUCUAAGAUCUGGGAUGAGUACAGGCCCAUCUUUGUAGAUGGAGCGAUUCAGAGUGCGGAAUGCCUCUACUGCCAUAUUCACAUGAGUUGCAGAGGUGCUGAUGGGCAGUCCAACGGAACAAGCCAUUUGUGGCGGCACCAGAAAGUUUGCCGAGCAAAAGAUGGGUUCGGUCCGGGCCUGCUGCAACAGGAUGCCAACUUGCCUUACGUGGUGAAUGAAGUAGAGCCAGUGGACAAAAUUCUUCCAGAUUCACUUAAUGAGAUAAACUUGGUGACCCGUAGUGAGAAUAGCAAAUUCAGGUCAAAGGUAUGGAAGGAUUUUAUACCAUUCUAUGUUGAAGGGAGAGUCCAGGGUGCUGACUGUGUCCAUUGCCACAAGCGACUCAGUGCAGAUAAAGGUAGAAGUCAUUUGAACCGACAUACUCAGACUUGUCCAGCAAGAAGUGGAAAUAGCAUAAAUCAUCAGAAGGGUGUGUUGUCCCAGUCCAGUGUACCAAGUUUUAAAUCUAGGCUUCAAGAUGAGCUUUCACCAGCCUUGACAAAUGGUAAGGUUCAGAUUGCAGAGUAUGCUAGUAAGUUCCUCAUGGGCAGUUCUGGUGAUAGAAGCCCAGUGGAACGUCAUGUUCUAACUUUGCCAGCAAUGGAUGAGAUGAAUUCCACAGAACACAAUACCACAUCAGCUCAGACUGCUGCAGGUAUGAGCAGGAAAUUUGACCAACAAGCAUCUUAUCAAGAGCUAACUAAAUUAAUUAUUUCACAUGGCUAUCCCUUGUCAAUUGUGGAACAUGAAGAAAUGAGAAGGUUUGCAAAGAGCCUGAACCCUGCAUUUAACAUGGCUUCAAGCAUUGACAUAGAAGAGUAUUUAACUCUUUUAUUUCAGAAAGAAAAGACUGAUCUAAAGGAAAAAAUUGCUCUUUUAUCCCAUCGGAUUUCCUUAUCAGCAAGUGUGUGGGCUCCUGAUGGAGCUGAGGCCUCAGUGAAGUAUCUGAAGGUAAUCGGGUAG